AUGGUUGUUCGCACAAAACCGCACAUCGUUUUCAAAUGCUUGAUUGCAUUUACUCUCAUUUUCUACGCAAUUCAGCCAGUUGUACUCAUAAUCUAUAAUGUUGGCUCGCGAAUACUCAAUAAAACCAAUCAAGCAGCUCCUAAAAAGGAGUUGUUCGCAUUCAUCACUUCUUCCUACUACUAUCCAGUUUCUAAAAGCCUUGGCAACAACUCGCUGGCUCUUAUAUUAACAAUAAAUGACGAGAAGAAGGCGGAAUCGUGGAUGGAAAUGCAAUGGUGGAACGGUGUCGAGCAGCCGAAAAUCAUGGUGCUUGCACGCAAUUCAACCGACGCUGUUUUGCGGACAACCGAUUAUCAAAGAGUAACUCCACAUAUCAUUUGCAAGAUGAUCACAGUGUUCGCCACCGUUCAAUUAUUGCCGAAUGUCAAGAGCAUUUCAUUAGUUGGAGAGAAUGGGAUCGUCGAGAUUCCGUUCAAUCGGCCUUCAGCAAUUCCAAGAGACGUCGUUGUGUGCAUUUCUCCGCUUUUCGUCAGCGAGCAAUGGCAGAAUUUUCUGUUCGCUGUGCAUAUUUACAAACACUUCGGAGCUCAUAUGCAUUUGUAUCUGAUUAGCGCGAUCGACUCCUUCUACGAUCUAAUGAGAGUUUAUGAGGAUAUGGGCUAUAUGACAAUCCAGCCGUGGGUGAGUGUGAAGUUCCCAGAAAUCCCAUCAAACGUCGUUGAUCCCUAUAAUACGAUCGAGUUUCGGAAUCAAGCCGCCUCGCAAUCAGACUGUCUUCUUCAAUUCAAAGAAUCGGCGAAGUUCGUGACAUUCCUUGAUUUUGAUGAUGUUCUGAUACCAAAACUCGCACCGACGUACGCUAAGGAAUUCGCGGCGAUCAUCGGAAACAACAAACACAUCUCCUAUAUUCAUUAUCACAAAGAAAAUCACGAUGUGAUGACGGUGAAGAAUGCGGAGAAGUUCUCGUUCGAGCGAAUGCUUCAAAGUUUGACCUACGAGCAUGUGAGGGAAACUGGAAAAAUGGUUGCGAUUCCAACAAAUCUCAAUUACACUUGGAUUCAUUUUCCGCCGUAUAUGCCAAGAGGAAUGACCAAGUAUUGA